AUGGCGGAUAACAAGAUGACCGGCGGAAAAGCUAGCGAUAACAAACCGACCGAAAAGAUCACGCCAGAGAAAAAGGCAAUAAAAGGAGAAAAUACACAAGAGACAUCGAAAGACAAUGAGACGAUCGACGCCCAACACAAUGAUGUCCAGUCGGCCGAGGAUGAGGUCGUGAAAUUAUCAGUCAUACGGCAACACUUGUCCGCAGAAGUGCCCGAUCUAUUCUUCGAUGUGUUUGCAAAGGAAGGCCUAGGUCUCCCCAGUCAAUUCUGCUACCCAAGUGCAUACGAUUGGCUGAAGAAGGUCGUAUGGAAGUUCCACAAGAAGAGUGAGAAGGCGACCAACGACGCUGAGGGGACGCAAAGUUUGAUGACUUUGCAAUUCGCGUGCCUUCGCUUUCGCUGCGUUGCCUGUCGAAAACCUUGCCAGGAUGCCAAAACCAUGGAACCAAUGAAAGGACAUGCUGGUUUGUUGUUUCCCUGUGGACACAUUAUUGGAGACUCUUGUUACGAUACACUCCUCGACGACUUCAAAUCGUCUGGGACGUCACCCAUCUGUCCAUAG